AUGGUGCUGGGUGAUACCAACAGAUCAACUGUCGCGCAAAGCCACGGAGAAACUAUGAAGUCCUUGAUGGGCGAGGAGCGCGCGCUAGAGACAGGUGCAAGCGUGGAAACCUCUAACGGCAUGAUGAUCUCCGAGGUCCUUAUCCCUCGCCUAUUCAAAAUUGCGCACGAGUCUGGAGAGGUGGCAGUGGCUGCGGGCUCCGGAUCCUUGGAAAUGAAGCCUUCCAGCUCCCCGAUCCUUCUGGAGAUGAUGGAGGUGGCGAACGGCACGCGCUGCGCGGAGCAGAUCCUCAGCUACGGAGAGGUCGAGAAGGUGCUGAUCGGUGGAGUGCUGACCAUGCUCACGCUCAUCACCAUCUGCGGGAACUUGCUUGUGGUCAUCUCUGUGUGUUUCGUGAAAAAGCUACGGCAGCCCUCCAACUAUCUCAUCGUGUCCCUCGCGCUCGCGGACCUCUCCGUUGCGCUCGCGGUGAUGCCGUUCGUCAGCAUCACGGACCUGAUCGGUGGCCGCUGGAUUUUUGGCAAGUUCUUCUGUAACGUGUUUAUAGCCAUGGAUGUGAUGUGCUGCACCGCGUCCAUCAUGACCCUCUGCGUUAUUAGCAUCGACCGGUACCUUGGCAUCACCAGACCCCUAACUUACCCAGUGAGGCAGAAUGGCUGGUGUAUGGCCAAAAUGGUGCUCUCUGUAUGGCUGCUUUCUGCGUCAAUCACUUUGCCGCCACUGUUUGGCUGGGCACAGAACGUGAACGAUGACCGUGUGUGUCUGAUCAGCCAGGACUUUGGCUACACUAUUUACUCUACAGCUGUUGCGUUUUACAUCCCCAUGACUGUCAUGCUGGUCAUGUAUUACCGCAUCUACCGUGCUGCCAAGCUCAGUGCUGCCAAACACACCAUCACCGGCUUCCCUCGUGCAGGACAGGAGGAGGAAGAGGAGGAUGAGGCAGAAGGGGCUGAUGGGGCAGAAGAACAUGUGGAAGUGGAUUGCGUAACUGUCGCGAUCAAGCUGCAGAGGGAAGUGGAAGAGUGUGCGCGUCUGCCUCGACUCCUGCGAGGAGUGGGCAGGAGGAGCUCGGACCGCAGGAGCAUCUCCAUAUUCAAGCGGGAACAGAAGGCGGCGGCCACGCUCGGCAUUGUGGUAGGAGCGUUCACCGUCUGCUGGCUUCCCUUCUUUCUCCUCUCCACGGCCCGGCCCUUCAUCUGCGGGACAGAGUGUAGCUGCAUCCCGCUGUGGGUGGAGAGAACGCUGUUGUGGCUGGGCUACGCCAACUCACUCAUCAACCCCUUUAUCUACGCUUUCUUCAACCGUGACUUGCGUACCACCUACCGAAGCCUGCUCAGCUGCCGUUACCGCAAUAUUAACCGCAGACUGUCAGCCGCCGGCAUGCAUGAGGCCCUACGACUGGUGGAAAGACCGGAGGUGGUUGUCUCUGGGUGACCCCAACUGUGCAAACAAAGUUCAGAGGUCAACAUUUGCACAGGAACUCACAAGCCUAAAUGGUCAUGAUGGCAUUUAGGGUUGUGUCAUGUUUGGACAGUACCUACACAGUCCAAAACAGUGGUCAAAUUAGACAGAGGCGUGCAUUAUGGUCAAUGCAAUUGCAUUUUCUCAUCUUUGCUGACACAGGAACACAAUCACUGGCUUUCCUUUAGUAGAACAAGAGAGAAAAAUACAUAUAGCUGAUGAAUUAUGAGUUCAGCUUCUAUUUCAAUUACAGAUAAUCUAA